UUUCAAAUAAAAUAAUGGUGAGAUUAAUUCAAUAGAACCUUUAAAAGCCGCUAUACAAUUGGUAUUUUAUUAAAUUUCACAUGAUAGUAUUAACAUUAAUUAAUGAACAAUGGCUCACCAGUUAUUGUCAUCAGCUAAUAAACUGGAAAAACUAUUAUUUAAAUCUCUAAAUAAUGAUCGUAAUCGAUUUAAACUAUGUCAAACUUUACUAUUGUUAAGGAAUAGUAUGAAAUUAUCACAUCUUGAAAAAAACAUAAAGCAGCAGUGGGUAUUAUUAACUGCGAGACCACCUAAAGGAUUUGAAAAAUUUUUCAAACCAAAUGGAAAAACGCCCUCAAAAUCCAGUGAAUCAGUUGGUACAAAAACUGAACCUUCAGAAAGUCAACACCAAAAAUCAUCGAAUUCACGACCAUCACCUCCACCACCACCACCACCACCAUCAUCAUCAUCAAGUGAGAGACCAGUAAAUCAGUAUCUGUCAGGAAUAUUCAGGCCAACUGCAAAAAGUGGGGGCAGCGGUGGAGGCGGGAAACCAUUUAAUAAUGAUCGCGACAAAUGGAUACUUGCUGGUAUUAUUGGUGCCGUAGGAAUAAUUGGCUCCAUGGUUUUUUUUGAUGUUGGUGCUAAAGAAAUUACAUGGCAUGAAUUCGAAUAUAGUUAUUUAAACAAGGGCAUAGUUGAAAAGUUAGAAGUUGUUAACAAAAAAUGGGUUCGAGUGAGAUUAUUACCAGGACAUAUAGUUGAUGGAUCAAAUACUUUAUGGUUCAAUAUCGGAAGUGCCGAUACCUUCGAAAGGAAUCUACAAAACGCUCAACUGGAGUUAAAUAUUGAGCCCCAAAAUCAUCUUCCAGUUGUGUAUAAAUCAGAAAUUGAGACAUCAACAGUAGCUUCAUACUUACCGACACUAUUAAUUUUAGCGGUGCUGAUCCAAGGCUUUCGUCGAUCAGCUGCAUUUAUGGGUGCAAGAGGAGGAAAACGUGGUGGAAUAUUCGGUAACGUAAUGGAAUCUACGGCAAAAUUAAUAAACCCAAAUGAAAUAGGAAUAAGAUUCAAGGAUGUAGCUGGUUGUGAAGAAGCGAAGAUCGAAAUCAUGGAAUUUGUGAAUUUUCUAAAAAAUACCCAGCAGUAUAUUGAUCUAGGAGCAAAAAUCCCCAAAGGCGCAAUACUUACAGGACCUCCUGGAACCGGAAAAACACUUCUAGCAAAAGCAACGGCAGGAGAAGCUAAUGUUCCAUUUAUUACGGUGUCUGGAUCAGAAUUUUUGGAAAUGUUCGUUGGUGUUGGUCCAUCUAGAGUAAGAGAUAUGUUUGCGAUGGCACGUAAACAUGCCCCAUGUAUAUUAUUUAUCGAUGAAAUUGAUGCUGUGGGAAGAAAACGAGGCGGAAGAAAUUUCGGGGGCCAUUCAGAACAAGAGAAUACUUUAAAUCAGCUUCUAGUCGAAAUGGAUGGAUUCAAUACAACAACUAAUGUGGUAGUAUUGGCAGCAACAAAUAGAAUCGACAUUUUAGAUAAAGCUUUGCUACGUCCUGGCAGAUUUGAUAGACAAAUAUUUGUCCCGGCUCCAGAUAUUAAAGGCCGUGCGUCAAUAUUUAAGAUUCAUCUGCAGCCUUUAAAAACAACGUUAGACAAAGAAGCUUUAGCCCGGAAAAUGGCUUCGUUAACUCCUGGAUUUACAGGCGCUGAAAUAGCAAAUGUUUGUAAUGAAGCAGCUCUAAUAGCAGCAAGAGAUAUGUCGAACAACAUUGAAUGGAAAAAUUUCGAAGCUGCCAUAGAUCGAGUAGUUGCAGGUAUGGAAAAAAAAACUAACGUAUUACAACCUGAAGAAAAAAAAAUAGUCGCGUAUCACGAGGCUGGCCAUGCAGUAUCUGGUUGGUAUUUACAACAUGCAGAUCCAAUAUUAAAGGUAUCCAUAAUUCCUCGUGGUAAAGGCCUUGGUUACGCACAAUACUUGCCGCGUGAACAGUACCUUUACUCAACAGAACAGUUAUUCGAUCGAAUAUGUAUGGCGCUUGGUGGACGUGUAUCUGAAGAAAUAUUUUUCAACAGAAUAACUACUGGCGCCCAGGAUGAUUUGCAAAAAAUUACAAAGAUGGCCUAUUCGCAGAUUACAUCUUAUGGAAUGAGCUCCAAAGUAGGCAAUCUGAGCUAUGAACAACCGCAGCCAGGUGAUAUGGUAGUGGACAAACCUUAUUCUGAAUUGACGGCACAGUUGAUUGAUCAAGAAGCAAGAGAUCUUGUUAAAAGAGCGUACGACCGUACACACAAAUUAUUGAUGGAACGUAAGGAAGAUAUUGUGAAGGUUGCAGAGCGAUUAUUAGCAAAAGAAAUUUUAAGUAGAGAUGAUAUGAUUGAAUUACUUGGUCCGAGACCAUUCCCUGAAAAGUCAUCGUACGAACAGUUCGUUGAAGGCACUGGCUCUUUUGAGGAAGAUACAACGCUCCCUGAAGGUCUUAAAGAUUGGAAUGUUGAAAAAGAACGAACUAAACCAAUGAAAGAUACAAGUGAUGAUGGAAAUAAACAGCCAGUUUCAGAAAGUUCAACUAAACCUUCAUCUAAUGUAUAAUAUUUUAUAAAAUACCAGUCAAUGAUGAAUGUAAUUAUUGUUUGUAUUUAUUAUUAUUUUUUUUUUUUAUAGUAAUUUGUGGUCUUCUUAUGAAUAUCCUUAUUUUAUACAAUAGUUUGAAAUAUACAAAGCUACUAAUAAAUAUUUUAAGUUGUCAGCUACA